AUUCUUUCCAAGAUCUCAUCUGAACUUCAUUGCUCUUUGUAGGGAGGACAUAUUCUUAAGUUGCCUAUUAAAGAAAGCUGCAGAUCCUGACAGAGGAUGGUGACACCACAGAGAGAGCACCUGUGCUCUCCUAGGCCCCAGUUGGGACUCCCAACUUGGCUCCCAGGAGCUGGAAGACACUCAUUGCUAAAAUUGGGAGACAUGAGUCAUGAAGUACCAACAAUGACCACGCAAAUAAAACAAAUACUCCAUCCUGCUCUGAGAACCACAGCAAUGGCAUUAUUCCUGGUAUUGCUAUUCCUGGCUGCUGGGCUGCUUCCAUGCUUUCCUGCAGAUGGAUCUGAGGAUCCAAAGUUUGCUUCUGUGUUAACCUCCCGAAAAGAAGUACAAAGGGAGAUCGUAGACAAACACAAUGAACUGAGGAGAGCAGUGUCUCCAUCUGCCAGCAACAUGCUCAAGAUGGAAUGGAGUAGUCAGGCUGCAGCAAAUGCCCAAAAGUGGGCAAACCAGUGCAAGUACCAACACAGUACCCCAGAAUUUCGAAGAACCAAUACAAGCUGUGGUGAGAACCUCUAUAUGUCAAGCGCCAUCACUUCAUGGUCAUCUGCAAUCCAAAGUUGGGAUAAUGAGAAACAUGACUUUAUCUUUGAAGUAGGGCCAAAGACUCCCAAUGCAGUGGUUGGCCAUCAUACUCAGGUUGUUUGGUACUCUUCUCACCUCGUUGGAUGUGGAUUUGCCCACUGUCCCAAUCAAAAUGGUCUAUCAUUCUUCUUUGUGUGCCAAUAUUGUCCUGCUGGAAAUUCUUUUUCAAGAAUAUAUGCCCCUUACCAACAAGGAAAAUCUUGUGCCAGCUGCCCUAACGACUGUGACGAUGGACUAUGCACCAAUGUUUGCAAAUAUGAAGAUAAAUAUAGUAACUGUAAACAGUUGAAGAACAAGUUUGGCUGUAUCCAUCAACUUGUCGAGGAUAGUUGCAAGGCUGCCUGCAAUUGUGUAAACGAAAUUUAUUAAAUGCUCAAUACACAGUAAACAGGGCCAUGUGGAGAUUAGCUACACCAUCUACUUAGAUUUGACAUCUACUUAGAGUUAACAUAUACUAACAGAGAAAUUGUAGGUACGUUAGCUACAAAUUUGAUUCCGAACAGCAAUGAAUCUUUUCCUUUUGGAUCUGCCUUAUAUUUUACAAAAAUCUCUUUCACGCAAAGAAUUAAAAAGUAAUAAAAUCUAUGGCAACAAACUUUGAAGUUUUGUAUUUAAAUUUUGUGAUUUAAAUUUAAUAAAUUUAAUUAACUUGAGGAUUCUGAAAGUUGUAUUCUCAUUUGACUAAUACCACUAAAACCCUGGAUCGCAAGUGAGAACCAUGUUCCUAGGACUGGAUGUACAAAAAGAACAGAAUAUGAUAUCAUUUUCACAUGAACCCUGGGCGACAGUCAUUUUUCCCAGCUUCACUGCCCAGCUGAACAUUUUCGAAGAAGUAUUCACGUAUGCUGUCUUAAUUCCUGCAUACGCGCUCACUCUUCUUCCCACUGAUCU